CACGGUGUUUGUAGUAUAUAAGUAGACCUAUUUCUUCACAUAUUCAACAUUAAAACAACUCUCAACAACGAUUUCUUAGUGCGCGCUUUUUCUCUUUACCAAAAAAUUUCACCCCAAAAAAAAUUAUAACCUAAAAAACCCUUUCUUUCUUAUUUCUCCUAAUCUUUUUUGGACCCAUAUCACUCCUUUUCUGCAUCUAUAUUUCAUUUAUUGAUUUUGGAAAAAAUAACUAAUUAUUAAAAAAAUGGACAAACACUUUAUUAAUGAUCCCGAUGUUUUGGUCAAAGGCUCUCUUAAAGCCUUGGCUUCUUUAAACAAGACACUUAGUGUUCAUGAGGAAGGAAAAUUUAUUUACUUCCAUGAAUAUAAUAAGAACAAUGUCAGUGUUAUAUCAGGCGGUGGUGCGGGGCACGAACCGACCCACUCCUCGUUUGUCGGAAAGGGGAUGCUAAAUGCUACUAUCUGUGGCUCUAUUUUUGCCUCCCCUUCGUCUAAACAAAUUAAUGCCGGUAUUAAGCAAGUCAAGUCAGAUGCUGGUACCUUGGUAAUUUGCAAGAAUUAUACGGGAGAUGUGCUUCAUUUCGCUAUGGCAGUUGAAAAAGAAAGAGCCGCCGGAAGAAAAGCUGAAUUGAUUGCCGUGGGCGAUGAUGUGUCCGUUGGCCGUGCCAAGAGUGGUAAAGUCGGUCGUCGUGGUCUCGCCGGUACGGUUCUCAUUCACAAAAUAGCCGGUGCUGCUGCUAGCCAUGGUGUUGGUUUGGAAGAUCUUGUAAAACUUUGUCACACUGCCAAUGAUAAUAUGGUCAGUAUUAAUGCCUCUUUGGCCCAUGUCCACGUUCCUGGACAAGGUCCUCGUGACGAUGAUGAAAGCAUGGCUCACGAUGAAAUGGAACUCGGUAUGGGUAUCCACAACGAACCCGGUUGCCGUCGUAUCUCCCCUAUUCCCUCUAUUGAUGACCUUGUUUCUGAAAUGCUAAAACAAUUGCUAGACCAAUCCGAUAAGGAUCGUGCUUAUGUAAAUAUCAACAGUGAGGAUGAGGUAGUGUUGGUCAUGAACAACCUUGGUGGCUUGUCCUUACUUGAAUUCAGUGCUGUUUCCAGCAAAGUCGAGGAAGCACUUGCUGAACAAUAUUCCAUUCGUCCAGUCCGUGUGUAUGCUGGUAUCUUUACGACCAGUCUGAACGGUCUUGGCUUUGGUAUCACCUUGUUCCGUACCACCGAUCAUAUAAACAUCAAUGGCAAAGAAAUUUCCUUCCUUAAUUUACUAGACGAGCCCGUUGAGGCUACUGGCUGGCCUUACUGUCUGCCUGCCAACGUCAACUCCCAGAACAAGAUUGGCAAUAUCAGCAUUCAAGAAGCCCACGCUGAUAUUCAAUCUCCUGUUAAAAUUGACAAGGAAGCUGUUCGCAAAAUUAUUCUUACUGCUAUGCAGAAUUUAAUUGAUGCUGAACCCGAGAUUACCAAGUUUGAUACAAUUGCGGGCGAUGGUGACUGCGGUACCACAUUGAAGCGAGGCGCUGAAGGUGUCGCUGAAUUUGUCAAAUCUGACAAAUUCAGUGAUGAUCCAAUUCGUCUUGUCCGUGAUAUUGCCGAUGUCAUCGAAGACAAUAUGGAUGGUACCUCUGGUGCCUUGUAUGCCAUCUUCUUCCAUGGUUUCGCCAAGGGCGUCAAGGAUCACCUUCAAGAAACGAAGGAUAUUUCCACCAAGAUGUGGUCUAACGCCUUAAAUGUUGCUUUGAAUACUCUCUUCAAGUACACUCCUGCUCGUCCUGGUGAUCGUACUAUGUGCGAUGCCCUUGUUCCAUUCGUUGAAAAGUUUGUCGAAACCGACGACAUCCAUGCUGCUUCUAAGGCUGCUCGUGAUGGCGCUGAAAAUACCGCUUACUUGCAAGCUAAGCUUGGUCGUGCUGUUUAUGUUGGUGGAGAUGUGAAGGUUCCUGAUGCCGGUGCCCUUGGUGUUGCUGCUAUUGUUGAAGGUUUCGCCAAGUAGGCAUGCAUUAUUUAUAACCCUUAUAUUUGUUGUAUUAUUAUUAUUAUUAUUAGAGGACAUAUAUAUAUCUAGUUUUAAAAGUGAUUCUAGUUUUAUGUAGAAACGACGAUACGUACUACCAAUGAAAUGCCUUUUCUAUAGAAC